AUGGGACGCCUGUAUCUGCCCUUGGUUGUCACUCUCUCCAUUUUCACCUGCCAGGUUUUGUGCUCCGGGGUGUUUGAGCUGAAGCUGCAGGAGUUUCUAAACAAGAAAGGGGUGGCCGGGAACGCCAACUGUUGCCCCGGCGGCGGCGCCUCGUCUCACCAGGCCGGCCACCAGCAGUGCGAGUGCAAGACUUUCUUCCGGAUCUGUCUGAAGCAUUACCAGGCCAACGUGUCCCCCGAGCCGCCCUGCACAUACGGCGGAGCGGUCACCCCAGUUCUGGGCUCCAACUCCUUCCAGGUGCCGGAGACCAACGCGGACACCUUCACCAACCCGAUCCGCUUCAAUUUCGGCUUUACGUGGCCGGGGACAUUUUCACUGAUCAUUGAGGCUCUGCACACAGACUCCCUGGACGACCUGGCAACAGACAACCCAGAGCGUUUCAUCAGCCGCAUCACCACUCAGCGCCACCUAACAGUGGGAGAGGAAUGGUCUAAAGACAUGCAGACAGCAGGCAGGACGGAGUUACGUUACUCUUACCGCUUCCUGUGUGACGAGCACUACUACGGCGAGGGCUGCUCUGUGUUCUGUCGGCCCCGAGAUGAUGCCUUCGGACACUUCACCUGUGGAGAGCGUGGCGAGAUCAUUUGCAACUCUGGCUGGAAGGGACAGUACUGCACUGAACCAAUUUGUCUUCCUGGCUGUGACGAAGAUCAUGGCUUCUGUGAGAAACCUGGAGAAUGCAAAUGCCGUGUGGGAUUCAGUGGUCGUUACUGUGAUGACUGUAUCCGUUACCCGGGCUGCCUCCAUGGUACGUGCCAACAACCCUGGCAGUGUAACUGCCAGGAGGGAUGGGGCGGCCUCUUCUGCAACCAGGAUCUAAACUACUGUACACACCACAAGCCUUGUCUCAAUGGUGCCACUUGUACCAACACUGGCCAGGGCAGCUACACAUGCUCCUGUCCGCCUGGCUUUACAGGCGCCAGCUGUGAGAUAGAGGUUAAUGAAUGUUCUGGAAACCCCUGUCGUAAUGGUGGCAGCUGCUCUGACCAUGACGGUGGAUACAAGUGCACCUGCCCACCUGGUUUCUAUGGAAACAACUGCGAGUUGAGUGCAAGUAGCUGUGCGGAUGGGCCUUGCUUCAAUGACGGACGCUGUGUCGACAACCCAGAGGGAGGCUACUUCUGUCAGUGCCCCAUGGGAUAUGCUGGGUUCAACUGCGAAAAAAAAAUUGACCACUGCUUGUCCAACCCCUGUUUAAAUGAUGCAGAAUGCGUGGAUUUGGUGAACUCGUACCUCUGUCAGUGUAUUGAAGGGUUUUCGGGGACCAACUGUGAGGCCAAUAGCAGCAGCUUCCCUGGACACUGUCUGUCGUUUCCUUGUCAAAAUGGUGGGACAUGCCAGGAGGGAGCAAAUGGCUACACAUGCACCUGCCCUCCAGGGUAUACUGGCAAAAACUGCAGUUCCCCCAUCUCCCGUUGUGCUCACAAUCCCUGCCACAAUGGAGCCACUUGCCAUGAGCGUGGUGGCCGCUACGUGUGCGCCUGUGUGCCAGGCUACGGGGGGCAUAACUGCCAAUUCCUCUUACCAGAAGUUCCAAAGGGUCAGCCAGUGGUAGAUGGACCAGACAAAAGAUAUUCCUCACUCGAAAAUGAAAGCUUUGACGAUGCCGACAGUGACGACAGUGGCUUCCCUUGGACAGCUGUGUGCGCUGGAGUCUUCCUCGUUCUUGUGAUUCUCAUUGGUUGCUCUGUGUUGGUGGUCUAUGUUCGAGUCAAACUGCAGGAGCGGCACAGUCAUCGCAGUGACAGCGUCCGUAGCGACAGCCACGAGACGAUGAACAAUCUGACAACCACCAAUAAUUGCCUCCGCAGUGACAAGGAGCUGGGCACAGCAUCCAUUAAAAACAUCAACAAAAAGGCAGAUUACCAUUCUGAACUGGCUGGUUCACUUGGUGGUCUGAGUGGGAUCAGCGGGCUUAAUGGACUUGGUGGAUCGGAGAAGCAUGGCUUUAAGACUCGCUACUCCAGUGUGGAGUACAAUCUCGUCCAUGAGCUGCGGCCUGAAGAGGUCUCGCUGUGCAAACAGGAGGAGCAUGAUGGGCCAGAGGGGAAAUGUGAGAUACCGAAAGAGUCUGAUACCGAGGAAAUAUGCAGGAAAAGACAAAACAGUGAUGCAUCAGAAGAGAAACAACUAGAAGAGUUGCCCAGCUGCAGCGAAGCUAUGUAUCAAUCAUCCUACGAUCUGAACCAACAUGCCGCCGGUGAUGUUAAAUACCAAUCAUCCAGUGAUGUCAAAUACCAGUCAAGCUGUGACGUUGAAUAUCACUGUGGUGCCAGUGGUGACAGCAAGUACCAGUGCACCACAGACACCAAAUACCAGUCUGUGUACGUCAUAUCGGACCAGAAGGAUGAGUGUUUAAUUGCUACAGAGGUAUGA